GUGAGCGGGACGCGGCGGCACGUGAUGCUCCCUGACGCGCUUGCGCGGCGGAGUAUCAUGGCGCUGUGCGGGAGGGCUCUGUCAGUUCUCAGGCUGUGGGGCCCUGGGAGUAUUGCAGGUGGAAGAAAGUCCAUAUCUCUUUCUGUGGGUGCUUCAAGCAUUUUUGGAAGCAGAGGCAGCAGUGAGAAGAAGUUUUCUCUGCAAGAUAUAGCUGAGCUGAUUCGGACCAGAGCCUGCCAGAGAGUGGUGGUCAUGGUGGGUGCUGGAAUCAGCACACCCAGUGGCAUUCCGGACUUCAGAUCUCCAGGGAGUGGCCUCUACAGCAACCUCCAGCAGUACAACAUCCCAUACCCAGAGGCCAUUUUUGAACUAGAAUUUUUCUUUCAUAACCCUAAGCCCUUUUUCACUUUGGCCAAAGAGCUGUACCCUGGGAAUUAUCGGCCCAAUAUUACCCAUUACUUCUUCCGGCUGCUCCAUGACAAGGGCCUGCUUCUGAGGCUGUACACCCAGAACAUUGAUGGACUUGAGAGAGUGUCUGGCAUCCCAGUUUCAAAGCUGGUUGAAGCUCAUGGAACCUUUGCCUCAGCCACCUGCACAGUCUGUCGAAGAUCCUUUCUGGAGGAGGACUUCUGGGCUGAUGUGAUGAUGGACAGGGUGCCCUGCUGCCCGGUUUGCACUGGCGUCAUGAAGCCUGAUAUUGUAUUCUUUGGGGAACCACUGCCUGAGAGGUUCUUGCUGCACGUGCUUGAUUUCCCCAUGGCGGAUCUGCUGCUCAUCCUUGGGACCUCUCUGGAGGUGGAACCUUUUGCCAGCUUGUCUGAGGCUGUAUGUGGUUCAGUGCCUCGACUGCUCAUCAACCGGGACCUAGUGGGGUCCUUUGCUUGGCGUCCUCGAAGCAGAGACGUGGUCCAGCUGGGGGAUGUGGUUCACAGCGUGGAAAGGCUGGUGGAGUUUCUGGGCUGGAGAGAAGAGUUGCAGGACCUUGUCCAGCGGGAAACUGGAAAGCUGGAUGGAUGAGACAGGAGGGUGACUGUCCGAUGUACAAGAAACAGUUACACAGGAGAGAUCUACAUCCCAUUUCUGAAGACAGCCUUGGCACUCACGAAUCUUGGCCAAACCAUGACAUGCAGCCUGAGGUAUUGUGGAUACCUGAGGGUGCACCAGGACCUCUGCUGGGCAGGGCCUGUUUGUGCUCAGGACCACCUAGCCAUGGAUGCCAAGAGCUGCCUGGCCUGUUUGGUGUAUCUAGGUCUUUACUCUGCUGAUAUUCUUAAUGCAAAACACUUUUUCUGAGGGUGACCUUCUGGAAUCUAAGCAGAUAACUGGACUCCUGGGCUGUCUGGAGGCAGCUUGGCAUGUCUGUUAGACCUGGGCUUGGGCUCAGGUGGUGUAUUAGGGUCUUCUACCAUGUUGCUUUUUGCAAUUGGAUUAUUAUUUUUGGUACCGGGGAUUGACCUUGGGGCCUUCUGCUUGUGAGGCAGGCAGUGGCACCACUGAGCUAAUCCCUGGCCCUGCAGUUGGAUUACUGUUAGAGAAAGUCUUAUCCUUCAUUCUUGCAUGAAAUAAUUUUAGCAUCAAAAAUGGGUAUCCUUUUGUUUUUGUCUCCUCAGAAGGACAACAGAUGUUAUUAGGCCUAUGCAAAGUAGAACCCUCUGGGUAUGUGGGUUUUCCCUUUUUGAGCAGUCAGGACUGAGCCUGUCUGUCCUUGGAUUCACCCUCAAGAUGGCCCUGCCAUCAGAGCACUUACCUCUCCCUCUGCUGGCUGUCACAUUUGUUGGCCUUAGCCUGUGAUAUUCACACCUGCCUCCUCUGGAUGGUUUGUCCAGCAUUUCUCAGUCCACUUUGUACCCAUAUCUUCUUCCCUAUAUAGGGCCUUUCCCUUUAAUGACACCAGAGCCAGUUCUAUCCACAUAGAAGGCAUCAUUCCCUAGAAAACCUUGCUGGCCCUGCCCCUGUGCCUGGCAGAACUCACACUGGCUCCCACCUAUGUGCAUGUCCUUCUCCUUGGCAUUGUGUGGAAGCACUUGUUCCUGAGCAGUGCCUGCACUGGGCUAGAGUUGACAGAGACAGACCUAACUGACAGAUGCCAUUGAAGGGGGUCCUGUGACCUUGUUUCUUGGUGCUAACAAGAUACAUAACCUAAAAGGGUCAAAUUCUGAAAAGA